AGCGGAAGCAAACCGGAAACACAUGCCGCAUACGUCACUGUUAGAAAAACAAAAACAAAUCGACGUCUUGCAACAUCGCUGUUGUGUUGUUUUCACCCCCCGUCUGUCCUGUUUACUGCUCUGUAAACAUCCACACCGUCUCGAGUCUACAUGUCCACGGUUGUCCUCUGGGUCCAGCUGACGCUGUAGCUCCCCCGGUAACAUCACGGUAGUUCAGCAGCCAUGGCUCAGCAGAGAGGAGUCAACAGCCUGCAGUUCAACCAGGACCAGAGUUGUUUCUGCUGUGCUAUGGAGACAGGGGUCAGGAUUUACAAUGUGGAGCCCCUGAUGGAGAAAGGCCACCUGGACCACGAGCAGGUAGGCAGUGUGGCCCUGUGCUCCAUGCUGCAUCGAUCCAACCUGCUGGCUGUAGUUGGAGGAGGAGUCAACCCCAAGUUCUCAGAAAUAUCUGUGCUGAUCUGGGAUGAUGCUCGGGAGUCACGAGACCCGAAAGACAAGCUGGUGCUGGAGUUCACCUUCACCAAACCUGUUCUCGCCGUUCGCAUGAGGCAUGACAAAAUCAUCAUUGUUUUAAAGAACAGGAUCUAUGUGUACAGUUUUCCAGACAACCCUGUUAAACUUUUCGAGUUUGACACCAGAGACAACCCCAAAGGCCUGUGCGAUUUAUGUCCCAGUCUGGAGAAACAGCUGUUGGUCUUUCCAGGUCAUAAAUGUGGCAGCCUGCAGCUGGUUGACUUAUCCAACACCAAACCUGGAACGUCGUCUGCACCUUUUACCAUCAACGCCCACCAGAGUGAGAUCGCCUGCGUGGCGCUGAACCAGCCCGGCAGCGUCGCUGCAUCAGCCUCGCGUAAAGGAACGCUCAUCCGCCUGUUUGACACGACGACCAGAGACAAGCUGGUGGAGCUGCGCAGAGGAACUGACCCGGCCACCCUCUACUGCAUCAACUUCAGCCAUGACUCCUCGUUCCUGUGUGCCUCCAGUGACAAAGGCACCGUUCACAUCUUCGCACUCAAAGACACAAAACUCAACCGCCGCUCCGCACUGGCUCGUGUUGGGAAGGUGGGCCCAGUGAUUGGUCAGUAUGUGGACAGCCAGUGGUCAUUGGCCAGCUUCACUGUGCCCGCUGAGUGCGCCUGCAUCUGUGCUUUUGGGAAGAACACGUCCAAGAACGUCAACUCUGUCAUCGCCAUAUGUGUGGACGGGACCUUCCAUAAGUACGUGUUCACCCCCGAUGGAAACUGCAACCGAGAAGCCUUCGACGUGUAUCUGGAUAUAUGUGAUGAUGACGACUUCUGAGGCCAGUUCAAAGACAUUACUGGAAGGACAAGGACACGAGGACAGAGAGGAAACAUGAGGAGGACAACGAUGACAAAUGAAAGUGACUGGAGUUAAUGAUUAUUGUUGUGUUCUGGAGACAGAUGGGAAAAAUGUCCUGAGACAGAGAAUCAGAGACGUGUGGAGAAACAGACUUUAUACUGAGGCCUGUUUGUGUUGGUAAUCAGUUGUAUUACAGGCUCCGAUGGAAACACAGUUUUAUAUUAGCCUAUAACCUUGUUGCAUCAGGAGUCUGACUGAAAAAAAAAACUUAAACGACAAAUACACAUAAACCAUGGAAGAUAAGUGAUUGGCUGUAUUUAUGAGAGGUUAUUAGUUUGAAUGAAACUGAAAUUAAAAUGUGUUUUUGCUAAGAAAUCAG